UUAUAUUCUAUAUAAACACUUACAUCUUUUGCCAAAUGUAUAAUUUUGCAACUUGCAGCUGGAUUCAGUACAUAACAAAGGAAUAUUGACAGUUAGUAAUGGAUGAAAUCGCAAAAAUAGAUAAAGCUGUGGCUAGCGUGUGCAAAGGAGAUGACAAAAGAAGUGAUGCUAUGAUGAUGAUGGCACCGGAUAGUAAUUGGGAUCAGUUCCUAACACCAGCUCCGUGUGCUAUUGCUUUGUUGGGAGAUCUAAUAUUGAUUUCAGCCGACACAGACUUCAGUCUUGACGAAAAACCACCCAGGGAUGGCUUCAAGCUGCUCCGGUAUCCAAAUUCAUUUCGGGCAUCAUUAGUUCAAGUCAGCAAUGCUGGAUGGGGUGCGUUUAAUGAGGCGCAUACCAGUAUGGAUCAAAUUCGACUCCACAGUGGUAAUGUUGAUGGUCAUGUUAAAAACGCCGUUAAAUUUCUAAUGCAGGGUACACCGGAAGAGGUAAAGAGAAUGUUGCCUAUGUCACUUGCUAAAAUACAGAAUAUCGCUGACGAAAGCUUACUGCUUGCUCAGGCCAUUGAAGAUCGAUUUGUUGGAGUUAUGGAAUUGACAGGAGAACUUCUUGAAGCAUCUACUAAUACGAAAGGGGUUUAUGAUGAAAAAACCAAAGAAACUGAAAUAGCAAUUGAAGUUGCAAGAACAGAAAGAGAGUCAAGAAUGAAAGAAAUAAAAAACACAGAAAAAAGACUUAGUAACAUGGAAAAGGAGGUAAAAGAAGCACAGUCAGACUUUAAGGAGGCGAUUAAUAACAUUCCGUCAGGAGGUGAUUUGAUUGGGAUAGCCGUUUGUGAAGCAGUGAUAGAAGGAGUACGUAAUAUUACCAGUAUUCCAAGCAAAAUUUCAGAAGGAAUAAAGAAGAAACUAGGAACAUCAGCUGCCAAUGAUGAAGACAGUGAAAGAGAUGAUGCGUACUUAGAUAACGAACUAUCAAGACAGCGUGUCUACUCCCAAGUAUCAACAAUCACCAGAUAUAUCUACCAGCUGGUUCAGAUUACAACAGGUAAAACUGACGACAAUGGUCAGCAAUGUCCUGAUAUGGGAAGGAUAGGUCAUGGUGAUUUAGGUCGCAUCCAGCAAUUUAUUGAAACGGCUAGAAAGCAUGUCAUCAGUGAGGUAAAUAGUGGAGAACUUCGUGAAAGGGUAUUGAAAUUAUGUGAUGAUGCUGUUGUCAUUUGCAAUACGCUCCAACGUCUAGCUAAAAGUAUGGCAGAUUUAGAAAAUAGAAAUGCUGUUAUUUCGGAAGCUGUUAACAAAAGUAAAUAUCUUCAGAAUGAAUCUCAAAAACUUGAAGUUGAGGCACACAAAGCACUUGGAAGGAAUCCACUUGAUAACAAAUCACCUCAUCUGUCCAAAAUGCCUUCGCAGAGUGGAAGUUCCUCUGCAGUUACAGCAGCGACUGAGAAUGCUCGCUAUAAAACAGAGCUAGCGAAAGAAACACUACGAGAUGCUAAACGACGUAAGGAAAAAUCAGCAGAUGAGCUACGAGAUUCCAAUGAAAAACUGACAAAAGUUUUAAUGGACAUGGCAAAACUUGACUUGAAGAAGAUUGACUUUGACACUAUUCGUGAGACAUUAGUUAAGGGCAUUAAGGCAUUAGCAGAAGUAAGAGAGCAAUGGGGGAAACUUGUUCGAUUCUUUCAGAUGUUGUCCAAUCUAAUAAAAUGUUGUCUGCACUCUUCUCUGACGGAUUUCGUAGACCAGGCAACAAUGGGCCGAGAAUUAAAAAUGACGAAUAAUGCUGCACCAUUAUCUGAUAUAUUUAGGGAUGUCAUUUUCGAACAGGCAUCAAAAGCCAGCCAGGUUGCUUAUGUAGUACGUACAAUUGCUGGAACAUACGUUCAAAUAUCUAAUGAACAUUUGAUGGACCGAAUCACCUGCCUGGGAAGUUUAGUAGCUCUGGAUCCCAAAAAAGAUGAACAUGAAAUAAGGAGGAAACGCGAGGAACUACAUUAUGGAUGCCAAGAAGCACAAAGGGCUAUACUCUCUAUUGUAAUGAAACAAAAAGAGGAAUUCAAUGCAAAAGUGGAGGAAAGAAUAGCAAAACUUCAUGAAAUCGAAAAAGCUAUGCCACCAAUUGAACCCGAAAGAAUUAAAGAAAUACAAACGAAUGUGACAUCUGGUAUGGCAACAUUUACCGAUGAAGAUAUUGAUGAUAUGGUUUGAUCAAAUAACUUCAAAUGAAUAACAGUCUGAUCGAUUGUUUUGGACAGAAUACUAUUAUCGAAUGUACAUUACAUAAUGAUGCUUUACAAUAAUCGCAUUUCCUAGUAGCAUUACAUCAGUGAAACAUUGCCCAUAUUUUAAACCCUUUCAACCAAAUGCGGUCACAUUGCAAAAAUAUAUAUACAUAUCAUAUAUAGCAUUAGCAUGUUUUCGUCGUGAUAUGAAUGUAAUAAUUGCCACUGGACGUUUAACACUUGUGUAUCAUCGUCAUAUGUUUCUUCUGGAAUGUUCGCAAUCAAACAUGUUUUACAUUGAAGACCUUAAAUGAAAUAAGAUUUUUUGGGAAUUACACAAAUUGUUUUUCCAACUGCUUGAUUAGAUAUAUCAUAAGUUAAUUUUGAAUAUGUCAUGCUACAUUGUUGAUAUAAAAACAUUAGAAAAUAAAAGUAUUGAUUA